GAGCUGCGCUUCUCGCGGCCGCCAACAUCGCCGCUCCCCGGCGGCCGCCUCUUGGCUCCCCUCCUGCCUAGAGAAGGGCAGGGCUUCUUAGAGGCUUGGCGGGAAAAAGAAGCGAGGGGGAGGGAUCGCGCGUAACAGCAGUAUAAAAGUCGUUUUCGGGGCUUUAUCUCACUCGCUGUAGUAAUUCCAGCGAGAGACAGAGGGAGUGAGCGGGCGAACCCGUGAGGGUGGAAGAACCGAGCAGAGCCGCGCUCCGGGCGUCCUAGGAAGGGAAACCCGGAGUGAAAGGAGGCUUCGUCUUCUGACUAGCCGCCCCCACCCCAGCCCUCCCGCGGAGCCCCACCAGGGGUCCGCAGCCGGGAAACUUUGCCCUUUGCUGCGGGCGGACACUUUGCACUGGAACUUAAAAUACCCGAUCGAGGACGCGACUCUCCGGAGCGGGGAGGCUAUACUGCCUAUUUGGGGACACUUUUCCCCGCCUUUACCCAGGACCCGCUCCUCUGAAAGCGCUCCUGGCUGCCGUUUGAAGGCUGGAUUUCCUUCGGGUAGUUGAAAACCCGGCUGCUGCGACGAUGCCCCUCAACGUCAGCUUCGCCAACAGGAACUAUGACCUCGACUACGACUCGGUGCAGCCGUAUUUCUACUGCGACGAAGAGGAGAACUUCUACCAGCAGCAGCAGCAGAGCGAGCUGCAGCCGCCGGCGCCCAGCGAAGAUAUCUGGAAGAAAUUCGAGCUGCUGCCCACCCCACCCCUGUCCCCCAGCCGCCGCUCCGGGCUCUGCUCGCCUCCGUAUGUUACGGUCGCGUCUUUCUCCCCCCCGGGAGACGACGAUGGUGGCGGUGGCAGCUUCUCCACAGCCGACCAGCUGGAGAUGGUGACCGAGCUGUUGGGAGGAGAUAUGGUGAACCAGAGCUUCAUCUGCGACCCAGACGAUGAGACCUUCAUUAAAAACAUCAUCAUCCAGGACUGUAUGUGGAGCGGCUUCUCAGCUGCUGCCAAGCUCGUCUCGGAGAAGCUGGCCUCCUACCAGGCUGCGCGCAAAGACAGCGGCUGCCCGAGCCCCGCCCGCGGGCACAGCGGCUGCUCCUCCUCCAGCCUCUACCUACAGGACCUGAGCGCCGCCGCGUCCGAGUGCAUCGACCCCUCGGUGGUCUUCCCCUACCCGCUCAACGACAGCAGUUCGCCCAAGCCCUGCGCCUCGCCCGACUCCACCGCCUUCUCUCCAUCCUCGGACUCUCUGCUCUCCUCCACGGAGUCCUCCCCGCGGGCCAGCCCCGAGCCCCUAGUGCUCCACGAGGAGACACCGCCUACCACCAGCAGCGACUCUGAGGAAGAACAAGAGGAUGAGGAAGAAAUUGAUGUCGUCUCUGUGGAAAAGAGACAGCCUUCUGCCAGAAGGUCAGAAUCGGUGUCACCCCCAGCAGGAAGCCACAGCAAACCUCCUCACAGCCCACUGGUCCUGAAGAGGUGCCACGUCUCCACACACCAGCACAAUUACGCAGCACCCCCCUCCACUAGGAAGGACUGUCCUGCUGCCAAGAGGGCUAAGUUGGACAGUGGCAGAGUCCUGAAACAGAUCAGCAACAACCGCAAAUGUGCCAGCCCCAGGUCCUCAGACACGGAGGAGAAUGACAAGAGGCGGACACACAACGUCUUGGAACGCCAGAGGAGAAAUGAGCUGAAACGGAGCUUUUUUGCCCUGCGUGACCAGAUCCCAGAGUUGGAAAACAACGAAAAGGCCCCCAAGGUAAUAAUCCUUAAAAAAGCCACAGCAUACAUCCUGUCUCUCCAAGCAGAAGAGCAAAAGCUGAUUUCAGAAAAGGACUUGUUGAGGAAGCGGCGAGAACAGUUAAAACAGAAACUUGAACAGCUGCGGAACUCUUGUGCAUAAGUUGACCUGUUGGAGGGAGGAACUGGAAUCUCCUAAAUUCUCACUCCUUACUAAGGGAAAGCAAGGAAAAAGGUUCCUUCUGACUGAACUGCAGCAACCCAUUACCAUAAAAUAUGAACUUACUUCAAAUGCAUGUUCAAAGUGCAACCUCACAACCUUGGCUGGGUCUUAGGACUGUAAGGUUUAGCCAUAAACUGCCUCAAAUAGGACUUUGGGCAUAAAAGAACUUUUUUUAUGCUUGCUAUCUUGUUUUUUUUGUUUGUUUGUUUUUUUCUUUAAACAGAUUUGUAUUUAAGAAUUGUUUUUAAAAAAAAAAUCUUAAAAGUUUACCAAAUUUUCUUGUGUAAAUAUAGUAUCAAAUGUAAAUAACUUUAAUAAAACGUUUAUAGCAGUUA